ACAUGGUGAAGAAGUCGAUCGUUUAGAAUUUUUUGAUGAAGAAUAUAUUGAAAAAACAAUUAAAAAAUUUUCUAGUGAUACAUCAUCAAAAGAUAUUAAAUAUUCUACUUUUUCUAAAGCUAUCGCUGUUGGUAAUCUUGUUAAAAGUGCACUUGGUCCAAAGGGCAUGGAUAAAAUUCUUCGAUAUAAUAUGAGUGGUGAACUUGAUGCAGAUAAAUUAUUAAUAACAAAUAAUAGAACAAUGAUAUUAUCAAAAAUUGGUGUUGAUAAUCCGGUAGUAAAAGAUCUUGUUGAUAUUUCAAAAGUACAAUAUGAUGAAGUUGGUGAUGGCUCAAAAUCUGUUGUUGUUUUAGCUAGUGAACUACUUCGAGAAACGGAAAAUUUACUUGCACAAAAAAUUCAUCUUCAGACGAUUAUUACAGGAUGGCGAAAAGCAACUAAUGAAGCGCUUACAAUUUUGGAAGGUGUUGCUAAAAAUAAUAGUGAUCUUAUGAAUAUUGCUCGUACAACACUUAGUUCAAAAAUUCUUCAAGAAAAAAAAGAUCAUUUAUCGAAAUUAUGUGUUGAUGCUAUAUUAAAAAUACAUGAUAAAACUGAUUUAAAACAUAUUCAAAUAGUAAAACUUUUAAGAAAUAAUCUUAAUGAUUCAUAUCUUGAAGAAGGUUUCCUAUUUGGAGAACGUAUUGGUACGAAUAUGCCGAAACGUAUUGAAAAUGCUCGUAUUUUAAUUGCAAAUAUACCAAUGGAUACAGAUAAAAGAAAAAUAUCUGAUUCAUCUGUGCAUAUUGAUUCAAUUGCUAAACUAGUUCAAUUAGAAUUAGCUAAAAACGAAAAAAUAAAAGAUAAAGUUGAAAAAAUUCUUCAAUUUAGUUGUAAUGUUUUUAUUAAUAGACAAUUAAUUUGUGAUUAUGCCAAUCAAUUAUUUGCUGAAAAAGGUGUUAUGACUAUUGAACAUGCAGAUUUUGAAGGUUUAAAACGUUUAGCACAAAUACUUGAUGCAGAUAUUGUAUCAACAUUGGAUACACCAGAUGAAAUACGUUUAGGAAAAUGUAUUCUUAUUGAAGAAGUUAUUGUUAAUGAAGAUAAACUUAUUAAAUUGUCAGGAGUAACACAAGGUGAAGCAUGUACAAUUGUAUUACAUGGUGCUACACAACAAAUUCUUGAUGAAGCUGAACGAUCAAUUCAUGGUGCACUUUGUGUUCUAUCUCAAACAGUUAAAGAACUACGUAUUUGUUAUGGAGGAGGUUUAUCUAAAAUAAUAUUUUAUUUAA